AUGAUGGCCCUCAUCAGCGUGACGAUGCCGGCAAUUAUGUCCUUCGGAUACAACCAGUCGAUGCUGGGAGGAGUCUUGACUCUGGAUAGUUUCGAGAGACAAUUCCCCGAGAUUGAUUUGACCGAUGCGGCGCCCGAAGAGAAGACGUACAAGUCGACCAUCCAAGGCACCGUGGUCGCUCUAUACGCAGUCGGGGGCCUUUUCGGUGCGCUGUCAUGCAUGGGGUUGGGCGACAUCCUCGGUCGCAAAAAGGUCAUCAUGCUGGCAUCCGCCAUACAAAUCGUAGGCGCGAUUCUCAUGACGACUGCCUUUGAAUUUACACAACUCGUCGUUUCUCGCCUAGUCAUUGGCCUUGGAACCGGAGGCGUUCUAGCAACCGUUCCCCUUUGGCAGUCCGAACUAUCAACGACCUCGAAUCGCGGAGCCCAUGUGGUCACGAUUGGCCCCUUUGCCGGUUUGGGAGCCACUCUCGUUCUCUUUAUCGAUUUUGGAAUGUCAUUCGCCCCUGAAAGUGAGGGAUGGCGAGUACCGUUUGCACUGCAAAUCCUGCUUUCAUUAACGGUGAUCGGGUUCAUCGCCAUCCUGCCGGAGUCUCCUCGGUGGCUGGUCCGGCAAGGCCGCAUCGUCGACGCUCGCGAGAUUUUAGCUGCUUUGGAAGAUGUUGAUGCCAACGAUCUGAAAGUGGAAGCGAAGAUCUUGGAGGUGGAAUCUUCCCUGAAGCUGGCCGGGGAGGCGUCUUUCAAACAGGUGUUCCAUAUGGGAUCUCAGCGCAUUUUCCACCGAGCCAUGCUAGCUGCCACCGUGAUGAUGUGUCUUCAGCUGACUGGCGUUAACUGUGUCACAUUUUACACCAAUACUAUCUUCGAGACCUAUCUUUCACUGGAUUCGGUGAAGUCCAGAAUUCUGGCCGCAAUAUAUCAGCUAAUUACCCUGAUUGCCGGCGCGGUAUGCGUCUACACCAUCGAAGGCUUUGGUCGACGUGGCUUGAUGCUUGCCAGUGCCGCUGGCAAUGCAGUAUGCUUGGCUCUGGUGGCCGCACUGGGAUCUCAACCCAAUAACCCGAGAGCCAUGGAUGGGGCGGUCGUUUUUAUAUUCCUCUUCCAUUUCAGCUAUGUCAUCGGCUACGGUGGUAUCCCUUUCCUCUACGCGGCGGAAUUAAGCCCUUUGAAAAUGCGUGCCACGAUCAAUGGCAUCAGUAUGGGAACCUACUGGAUAUUCUGCAUCCUGAUCACCGAGAUCACUCCAUAUCUAUUUCAGUCCCUGGAGUGGCGAUUCUUCAUCAUCUUCGCCGGACUGAACGUCGUCAUGAUGGGAGUCGUGUAUUUCUUGUUCCCGGAGACUGCCGGGCGCACUUUGGAAGAAAUCGAUCGGAUCUUCAUGACUUCUGACAGUAUUUGGGAUACCGUGAAAGCGGCUAGGCAGUUGCCCCGUUCCGUCCCUGAUCGGUCGCGACACGGAAAGGAAACAACUCUCGAUCAUCCAGCAUAA